AAAGAAAAACUGGGACGGAAGUGGAAACUACCGCAUUUUGGGAAUAAACGCCCAAGUCUUUCUUCUCCCACUCUCCGUCCCGACAUUUCCAGUUCUGAUCUUCGUGCUUCGACAAUGGCGGACUCGAUCUCUGCUCCAUCACCCUAACCAAUGACCACGACGAUCAGGGAGGCAAAGAUAUGGAGGCUCAGUACACGAAUAAGCCUCGUUCUUACGGACCGCCGAUGAAGAUGACGAUUCCGCCAUCUCAGCACUCCGACAACGACCGGAGCAGCUCCGAGUUGCGCGCGCUGGAUUGCAAUCUCAACUCUCUCUGCGAACACAUUCAGAUGGAGGGCUUCAAUUCGGGCUCUUUCUCUGACAUCGUAGUCCACGCCAUGGGCUCCACUUACCACCUCCACCGCUUAAUUCUUUCGCGUAGUUCCUAUUUCAGGAACAUGCUUCACGGUCCAUGGAAAGAAGCCAAUGCCCCAAUUGUGACUUUGCACGUGGAUGAUAAAAAUGUUAAUGGGGAGUCAAUUGCAAUGGCUUUUGCAUAUCUUUAUGGGCAUCACCCUAAGCUUAAUGAUAGUAAUGCAUUUCGUGUUCUUGCUGCUGCUUCUUUUCUUGACCUUCAGGAUCUAUGUGCCAUUUGCACAGACUUCAUUAUAUCUGAAUUGUGGACUUCAAACUUCUUAGCUUACCAGGUAUUUGCAGAGAGCCAAGACUAUGGUAUUCACGGAGAACGUGUCAGAAAUGCUUGUUGGGGCUAUCUUUGUCAAAGUGGAGCUAUGGAGUUGAAAGAGGUGCUCCCAAGGCUUUCCUCGCAAACUUUCCAUGCUCUGCUGACUUCAGAUGAAUUGUGGGUACCUAGUGAAGAAAAGCGGUUUGAACUGGCAUUACACACACUCCUUGCAAAAAGUGCUCUAUGCAAGGCAGAACAUCGUGAGCAAGGAAGCUGUAGUUCAGAGAUGGGAACAGGAACUCAUUCAGAUUCUUCUAAAGUUAAGGGAAAGAACUUGAUUGACAGCAGCCCAAAUAAACAAUUGGAAUCUGAACUUGGAAGCCUAAGUUUAAAGGAUGACAAAAUGGGCCAUAAUACAGCUCAUAGUAGUCUAACUGAGCUUGCAGACCAUGCGGGUGACUUCCACACGGGUGUUUCGGAUUCCAAACAGAAGGGGCAGGAAGCUUCAUGUGCUCAGUCAAAUUUGGAGCCAAGGUGCUCCUGCAACAAAGAACGACCUUUGUCUUUGAGUAACUCAUUUUUAGAUACAGAUGGAAUAAGUACCUCAUGUUCUUAUGUUGAAAUGUCAAUUGGUGUUGGAUCCAGUGGACUAAGGAGCAAUGAAGUGGCUAUGGAAGGGCCAUCUGAAGAGGGUUCAUACUACCAAUUGAAUAACAAUUGCUGGCUUGACAGAGACCAACCACGGCACUGCUCUCCAAUGAACUCUUCCUGUUUUGGACUCAUGUCCAAUGAUUGGGGAAGAUUUGGUUUGCCUCAUCUUUCAUGGGGUGGCAGGAUUGUGGGCAGAAGACAAGUAAAAGGUUAUGCUAGAGGGAAUUGUGGGGUGCGUGGGGAAGAAUAUGAUGCAUUUUUAAAUAUUUUUGAAGGAGGUUCACUUUUAUACUGUAACAUGUCUUUUGAGGCACUUAUAAAUGUGAGAAGGCAGCUUGAAGAAUUGGGGUUCCCUUGCACAGCUGUGAAUGAUGGUCUUUGGCUACAGAACCUUCUCAGCUACAGGGUGCAAGAAAUUGGUGCAGAAACAUGCAAAAAUUGCUGCUUUACAAGUAUGUCAUGCACUUGCAGACAGCCAUUUGGAUUUUCACGUGGAGGUACCUCCAUCGGGUAUUAUGUGCAAGAACAUGAUCAGAACAAUUCACGUGGAAACGUGGGAAGUGUCUAUGUCACUGAUUCCACUCAGGGCGAAGGAAAUGGUAUCUUUAGGCCUGUAAGAGUGCAUGUGAGGGGACCUAUGGAUGGGCUUGCUGGUAUUGGACGUGGAACUACAUUUGUGCCCGCAGCUGCAUGGCCUCCAACACGUUUUGUCUUUUCCCGUGUACCCUUUGGUAUGGGCAACAGAAAUUGCCAUCAAUCUCUUGCUAAUGAUGAUUCAGAGGCUAGAGCUGACCACAAUGGAGACCUUUCUGGGGAUGGGUUGACGGCCUUGGUUGGGCUUAGCCAGGGAGGGAACAACAUCCCUGCUGUUCAUGAAGAGCAAACAGAGAGAGAGUAUGAAACAGAUUUACAAAGUAGAUUGGCUGGAGCUUCGGUUGCUGGGCCAAGUACUAGUGGUGUCCCCAUGCAGAUGCUAGAGUCACCAGAGCAUGCCAUUGGGAUUGAGUGGGAUAAUGCAGACAGUUCUUCUAUAUCACUGGACAUGAAAACACCUUUAAUUCAUUUUCCUCCAUUUCGGUUUGGGGUGGAAUUUGAAGAUGUGCACAGGCUUAGCGAUGGCCAAGUUAAGCACUCUCCGGAAGUAUAUUAUGCUGGUUCUUUGUGGAAGGUCAGCGUGCAGGCUUUUAGUGAUCAAGAUCCUCAAGGAUUGCGGACUCUUGGGUUGUUUCUUCACCGAAGGAAAGCUGAGAUUACCGAUUCCUUUAGAAAGGUUCAUAUGUUUAUUGAUUCUCGCGAGAAGGUUACUGCCCGUUAUCAGUUGAUCUGUCCGGCAAAGAGGGAAGUCAUGGUGUUUGGAAGCUUCAAACAAAGGGGAACACUUUUGCCAAAAGCUCCAAAGGGAUGGGGCUGGCGUACAGCUUUAUUAUUUGACGAGCUUGCCGAUCUUCUCCAAAACGGGGCAUUGCGAGUGGUCGCUGUUGUGCAGCUUGUUUGAGAUCUAAUGGGGCAGCUUAACAGUGUUAUGAGCUGAUUCCUGGUAAAUAUAAUUCCAGAUAGUAAAUGCCGGUGCCUUCUUUGCUUCAGAUGAGAACACAGCCAAACCAUCUGUAUCUCCUCCUAUUUCCAGAUGAGCUAUUUGCUUCAAUUGGAGAAAAAAACUUCUUCGGAGACUCAAACUCUGGGAAUAAUUCAUUAAUCAUUAUUCAAUGCAGAGCUGCUAGGUCAUCAGAUCUUGCACUCCCAAUUUAAUAAUUUAUUUUUCUAUUUUACCUAUUUAAAUUCUCAUAAUUUGUUACAUAAAUUAAUAUGUAAAAAGCACGUGUGUAACUAUUUUUUUUUCUCUUCUUUAUCAUAUUUGUUUAGAAUUUGAUGGUGGGCAUAUGAAUUUGAGCUCUUAGUUUCUAUUUGUGUGAAAACCAAAAUUUGGCAUUAUUAUAUUUCAUAUUUUAUUUGAAUUCACAGAGUUGGAUUUUGCAAA